UUCCGAAUCGAGAGAAGACGAUCAAUUCUGGGCAAAAAAUUGCUUCAUUUUUCCACAAAAAUCAAUAAAAAUGGAACUGCCAAAGACGUUCAAACUUAACACAGGAGCAGUGAUGCCCGCCAUUGGCUUGGGAACAUGGAAAUCCAAGCCAGGUGAGGUCGGGGCAGCAGUGAAAGCUGCCAUCAGAGCUGGAUACAAGCAUAUUGACUGUGCUCAUGCCUACUCCAAUGAAGCCGAAGUUGGCCAGGCGUUCACAGAGGUCCUGAAAGAACUUGGCAUGAAACGAGAGGACAUCUUUGUCACAUCCAAACUAUGGUGUAAUAGUCAUGAAGAUGUUCUGGCUGCUUGUCAAACAACUUUAAAAAACCUGCAGCUGGAUUACCUGGAUUUAUAUUUGGUGCAUCACCCAUGCACAUAUGGAAACGGUAUGUUCUUCGCCACAAAACCUGAAGACCAGAAAAAUGUUCUUGGAUAUGACAAAGAACGGAUGAGCAGAACUUGGAAGGGAAUGGAGGACUUGGUAAAGAAAGGUCUUUGCAAAGCAAUCGGUAUUUCAAAUUUCACAACGGUCAAAGUUGGGGCGCUUUUGGAAACAGCCGAGAUUAUUCCCGCCACAAACCAAGUUGAACUGCAUCCAUUCCUUCCUCAGCCCGGUUUGAAGAAAUAUUGCGAAGAGAAAGGAAUAAUGCUCACUGCUUAUUCUUCCCUCGGUUCACGUGAUCGACCCAGUUGUACCGACUCUGACCCUGUCCUCUUGGAUGAGCCGCUGGUCAAAGAAAUUGCUGCGAAACGUAACUGUACUCCAGCACAGGUUUUACUUGCCUGGGGUAUCAAAUAUGGCUGCCCUGUUCUACCCAAGUCGGUCAACGAAGGUCGUAUUAAACAAAACCUGGAAACGUACAACGUGAAAUUGGAAGAGGAAGAUAUGGUUGCCCUUUCAAAUAUUGGCAAGAAGUUUAGGUAUCUGAUGAUGAAAAUAUUUUACCUUGAGGGCCAGACGGCAGAGGAGUACUGGGACGGAGAAAUGUGAGGACAAAAAUGUUGACAAAAAAUGAGGACAAAAAUGUGUUUGAGUGAAAUUGGUAGAAAAUUCAAAAAUAGGGUGAUUUUAAAAAUUGUGUAAGGACACUAACGUGAUUGAAAUUAGCAAUAAACAAAUUUACCAUAGAUAGCCCUGUCAAUGC